AUGUCAAAAACCAAGAGCAGCGAGUCAGUGAAGGUGGUCGUUCGAUGCCGCCCUUUGAACCGGAAAGAGGAGUCCAACGGGCCCGCAGGGGGCGUUGUGAAGAUGGACCUGCGGCUUGGACAGGUGAUCCUCAGAAACCCUCGUGCACCAGCCAGCGAGCCCCAGAAAACGUUCACAUUCGAUGCGGUAUAUGAUUCAAACUCCAAACAGCGGGACCUGUACGACGAGAGCGUGCGGCCUCUGAUUGACUCAGUGCUCGCAGGGUUCAAUGGCACCAUAUUUGCGUACGGGCAAACCGGAACCGGAAAGACGUACACCAUGCAGGGUGCGUGGUUGGACCCGGAGAAACGGGGUGUGAUUCCCAACGCUUUUGACCACAUCUUCACACACAUCUCUCGCUCGCAGUCCGAUAAGCAGUACCUGGUGCGGGCAUCCUACCUCGAGAUCUAUCGGGAGGAGAUUCGGGAUCUCCUCGAUCCCAACCACGGCACCGCCAGAGCCCUGGAUCUCAGAGAGAGUCCCGAGACUGGGGUGUACGUCCGAGAUCUCACAUCGUGUGUUUGCAAGAGCAUCAAGGAGAUUGAGGAGGUGAUGAACGUGGGCAACCAAGCGAGGGCGGUUGGGGCAACGGACAUGAACGAACACUCGUCCAGGUCCCAUGCUUUGUUCUUGAUCACGGUGGAGUGCAGCCAACCUGGACCAGAUGGGAGGAAACACAUUCGAGUUGGUCGCCUCAACCUGGUGGAUCUAGCUGGCAGUGAGCGCCAAGCCAAGACUGGCGUCCAGGGAGAGCGACUGAAAGAAGCCGCCAAGAUCAACCUUUCCCUGUCAGCACUGGGGAACGUGAUCUCAGCACUAGCAGAUGGUCGCAGCGGGCAUGUGCCGUACCGGGACUCCAAGCUAACCCGGCUGUUGCAGGACUCUUUGGGCGGGAAUGCAAAGACGGUCAUGGUCGCCACCUUGGGCCCAGCCCCCCAGCACUACGACGAGACCCUCACCACCCUCCGUUACGCCAACCGAGCCAAGAACAUCCAGAACCAGCCGAGAGUCAACGAGGACCCCAAGGAUGCUCUACUGCGAGAGUUCCAGAGGGAGAUCGCGCGCCUCAGGGCCCAGCUCAACCACAGGAAGUGGAGGAGCAAGCAGAAGAAGGAGCAGGUGGAGGGCGAGGGUUGGGAGAGAGACGGGGAUGAAGAGACAGAGGGCGAGGAGGAGGAGGUGGAGGUGGAGAAGGAGGCAGAGGAGUACGUGAAGCUGGAGGAGCAGCGGUUGGAGAAGGAGAAGGAGGCCAUCAGAGAAGAUCGAUUCCUGUUGGCUGAGGAGAAGCAGAGGCUGCUGGGCGAGAAGGAGCGGAUGAUGGGGGACCUGAGGAAGGAGCAGGAAGCCACCGAGCAGCUGACGGCCAAGUACAAGGCCAUGGAGAGCAAGCUGCUGGUCGGCGGAAAGAACAUCAUAGAUCACACCAACGAGCAGCAGAAGAUGCUGGAGAUGAAGCGGCAGGAGAUUGCAGAGCAGACGCGUAGUGAGAGGGAGAUGCAGCAGCAGAUGCUGGUCCAGGACGAGGAGACGCUGGAGCUGAGAGAGACUUUCACUUCUCUGCAACAGGAGGUGGAGGCCAAGACCAAGAAACUCAAGAAGUACCUCAAGCUGUAUGCCAAGCUCCAGUGCAUCAAAGCGGAGAUCCAGGACGUGAACGACGAGCACGUGAGGAGCCGACAGGAGCUGGAGCAAACUCAGAACGAGCUCACCAGAGAGCUCAAGUUCAAGUAUCUGAUCAUAGAGAACUUCAUCCCCCCGGAGGAGAAGAAUAAGAUCAUGAACAGACUGACCUUUGACCCCGAGGAGGAUCAAUGGAAGUUUCAGCCUCUUGUUCCGGCCGAAAGUAAAUCCGCGCAGAUGAAGAAACGGCCGGCGUCUGCAGUCGGAUACAAACGACCCAUCAGCCAGUACGCCAGGGUUGCCAUAGCGAUGGGAGCCCACUCCAGAUACAGGGCUGAGAACAUCAUGUUCCUGGAGCUGGACAUGACCCCUCCAAACACCGCCUCACUGGAUCGCUUGACGGAGGCAGAGCUGAACCAAAGUUCCUCCGUGGACAACUCGCCCACCAAGGACAGGGGCGUCCGCAAGUCUCGCUCCUGGUGUCAGACCCCGAAAUCCAUCACUUCCUCCUCUUCUAAUGUUUCCUUGAAGGCAUGUCACACUGCCACACCCUCGGCGGCACAGUAAAGCUUAAGUGCGUAG